AUGGCGAAUUUGUAGGAGCGAGACAAAUCUAGUUGGCAUAGCAUGCAUUCACAGUCACACAAUGACUUUUACAAAAUCAUCAGAAAUUUUGACUUUUUCCUUCUUUCAAAUCACUUAAAGACAUUCAUUUUUAAUUUCAAGCAAUUUGUUAUAGUGAAACACACUCAAAACGAAAUUUACAUUUCCAGUGUACUUACACAUUCCAAUUCUUGGCAUCCUUUCCUAACGAAAUGAGUUUUUGUUCUUUUUUCUUGUUGAGGUGAUAGCAAACAAAAAAUAAUAAAAGAGAGAGUGAAAAAAAAACAUUGUGCAACGAUUGAUUUCGUUUGGUUCAUUGCAAAGUAUUCAGUUGAAAACAACAAGAGAGAAAAAAAAAGAAAGAAAAAAGGCGCCACGGCAACUGAUGUUUAGUUCGUUUGUUUAUCAAUAUAAACUUAUCAAAAUAGCAAAAAAGUGGAAGGAACCGAAAAAAAUCGCGAAGAAUCGUUUAAAUCAAUCAGAAUUCCAGUGUUGUGUGAUUUUGUGCGAAAUAGCACAGAAAGGCAGACGGUGACAUGGAAAUCGACGAUUACAUGGAUUUUGGGACCACGAGCGGCGACGAUGCGAUUGAUGAUACUGCUGGCGACGAUGAGGACGUUCCAACCAAGAAAUAUUCGGAAUUUCAACAGGCCCGCUACAAAAAGCUCGGAUUUCAUCCGCAAAAAGAGAUUUUCUGCAAUAAAUAUCUGCCGUACGCUGAUCAACUCGACGAUGAAUCGCAAAAAAUGCUGACGGAAUUGAAAGAGGGUCUUGCAAAGGCCGUUGCACUCAGAGAAAUGACGCCAGCGGUUGGCAUGGCAAUAUCCAGACUUUUGGUGUACCUUAAACUGUAUGGACUGAAAUUUUCCAAAGAGGAUCACGUAAAAUUCAUCAAACUAUUGCUUUCACUGAUUGAGAUACCAGGCUUGGAACCAGCCAAACUCAAUAAAUUCUGCAUCGUACUAUCGCAGCUGCUACGCAAAACUUCAUGGCUAUCACCGAAUGACUUGCAAAUUGAUUGGCGGCCGCUGUACAAUUUGAGCAACAUCUACCUAAAUAAAAACUCCACCAAGGGCGAAAUUUACAGAUACUUUCCGUCACUCGAAUCAAACGUGCAAUUUAUUAUCCAGCAAUGUGCCACAUACUUUUCGAAGGAAGCAACGCAAGAAAUUCUCGAUGAAAUUUUCCCGAAACUAUUCCCACUUGAUACGGGAAAAAUAUGCGGUGCAUUCGAUCUGUUAUCGAUCUUUUUGAAUCCGUUGCACGGAUACGAUUUAUGGCUAACCGAUUUUGUCAAUCUCUGGAAUACCUAUCACAAUCCAUCGUGGAAUGUGGACAUAAUGAACUUGCUGGCGAUCACAGCCAGCCAAAAUGUCGGCCACAUCGACUGGGAACCCUACAUUCCGAUGAUUUUCACACGUUUAUUGCGCUCAUUAGACCUACCCGUUUGCUACAAAAAUAUGAAAAGUGCCCGUAAUCAAACUCUAUGGUCAUCGUCGGUUGCGAUUUGGAUUGCGUCAGUGCUAAGCCCGAAGAGUUCUGCUCAACAUUAUCUAUCAAAGUUUUUGGGUGCUGUUGAAUCAUAUUUGCAUCCGGCCAACAGUGGAAAAUGGGUUGGUGUUAUCAGUGAAAUUGUCGUUCAGCUACCAAAGUACCUGUUCGAUCGGUUGGUUUACGAGCGGUACAAGCCUCAUCCGUGGAAACGAGCCGUGCCUAACGAACAACGUUUGACUGAAAACUGUUUGACAUUAUUCGUGGAAUCAUACAAGCCGAUCGCGUUGCAGGCCAUGUAUUCGCGAAUGAAUGCCACCGACACUGGCAAAAUAUUUAAGCAUUUGGCCGAUUUGCGCCCCGAACUGAUCAUUCCCGAUGUUGUUGAAAGAGUUUAUGCAACGCUCGACUCAGUAACCGAACCGCACAAGAUGACUGCCGCUUUGCAGUGUUUGGUCAGUGUGUCCCGUGCUCUUGUGUCCGGCCACAAUGGUUAUACAACCGGAAAAACUCAUGUCAUUCCCAUUUUAUUUGCCACAUUGCCUGGAAUCGACCCAAAUGAUUUUAAGAAGACAUCAGUCACUUUGCAAUUUUUAACAACUUUUGCUCUGAUGGUUCCGAUCGUCGAUUGUUCCAAAGCUCAUCUCUACUACGACGACUUAACGGAGGAGGAGAGUCUGAUUUGUGGCCAAACGGCCGAAUUUGAAGGCUUCGUUCUGGAAUAUUUGGACAAAAUUUUUGCGCUCAUCGAUUCCAGUUCGACUCGCAUGGAACAACCGACCGACAACGACAGUAUCCGCUCAAAAAUGGAAACGAUCGUCGAGAGUUUGGUACAAUCCAGUACUCAUGGAAUUCUGGGUCAGUGUUCCGAUGAGAUCAUCUUGUCUGCCACGAAAAAAUUGGUUGAUUAUAUCAAAACCAACUUAUUCGAACCACGCGUUGCUGCUCAUUUGAUCGCUAGUCUGGUGCGGGUGUUUGCACGCGUUGCAGGAAGCGAAAUCAGCAAAUCUCUGGUGCCGUUUGUUGUCAACACGAUCAAUCAAUACAUUGAGGAGCACGAUGAUAUCGCAGCACGAGAAAAACAAAGCGAUGAAAUGCUUUACUACAUCAUUCUGUUGAUGGCCAUCGUACGAGGUGCACCCAACGAAGUUGUUAAUUUCUUCGACGACUUAAUUCCAAUCGUUGAUCAAAUUUCGAAAUUCAAAUGCAAACUCACCAACAAAUAUUCGAAUGCGAUUCUCUUCACUAUCUUAAGUAAUGUUAGCACACUUCAGAUUUUGGAUGUUCGUAGCUCUCCCGAAAGUCAUGAGAAGCCAUUAAAUGAGUUUUUACCCAUUCGCCACUGGGGCCAAAAAAUGAGGGCUGAAACCGCAAUCAAAUGGUACAUGCCCGACGAAAGAGCUAAAGAGGUAUGCCAGAUGAUUCUUCAUCGCUAUCUUCCGCCCAUCUUGAAGCAAUUUGACGAUUUUGUGGAAGGCAAAUGCGAAUUGUCUCGAGAUGAUAUUCUUCGUGAUACAUCAACUGUUUUGGCGUUGCUCAAGUGCGCCAAUUUCUUACCGAAUUGGGACAAUGAAAAACCGAUUGGAAUUCUGCCGACCACCAGUCCGAUCCGUGUUUUGGAUAUCAAAUUAGGGUUUGAGCAGUACGCAAUCAGCAUGCCAGAUGGAGAAAACGUUCGAUUGGCAAUCAUACGCAGCAUAUCAAAAUUACAGAAGAAAAUUUUGGAAGAAUCCGAAGACGACACCAAAUCACUGAAAGCAAUCAUUUUGUUAUGGGAACGAGUGUUCAUUCGUAAACAAUAUGUAACCCCAUUCGAAUCGCAGCUAAAGAGUUAUAAUCAAUCAAAAAUGUUCCAAGAAUACAAAUUGACCAAGAGAAUUCGAGACAUUCGUGCCAUUUUGGCAACACGAAUCCUCAUGCAGCAAGAUUGCCGUGAUGAACUUCUGCUGCCGGAGUUUACACCGUCACAUUUGGCCGUAAUGAAGAAUCUGUUGGAUUUGUCAACAUCACGGUACGGAGCCGUACGUGCCACUGCUCAAUCUCGAUUGUUUAAACUGAUUGGCACGUUUCCAUUCUCCUAUCGAUGCUUGUUGGAUGACAUUGUUCAACAUUUGUCCGUUGAUUCGAAUGAAAAUCACGAAAGUUUCAAGGGAAUCUUGUACGUUUUGUGUGGUCAACGCCGUGCUCGAUUGAUUGUGAAAAAUGAUUGGGAGUGCGUGCAAAGGAUCUGGCUCGCUUUACUCAGGACAAAUCUUUCGGAAAAACCAUCGGUGGUACGAUUGUUAAACAUGGUCUACGAUGUGAUUCACAAUGAGUUCCCAACGGUCAAUAUCAGCUUAAACAUACCCGAUCGAUGCGUUGAUAUAGCCAAAACGAUCUUACCAGCCACAGUGUCUGCGAUUCCCGAAUCCGCAAUUCAAGCCGGAUCAAUGAAGGAACAACAGCAAAACGAAGCAAAUCUUAAAUCAUACUUGAACAUUUUACAGGAGAUCCUAAAGAUCACACACAAUAAUUCGUUGCACUGGCGCUACGGUCUAAUGGCAACCGGAAUGAUUUACAAUUUGGUGCAUAUCAAUGUCAAGUAUCCGGACGAGGUCAUCAAUUAUGUGGUGCAUAAUUUGAUAAAUGAGUCAAUUGAAGAGCGAAAAAUCGCCGUAAAAACGAUGCGUUUCAUUUUCAAGCAGCAAAAGCGUGAGCAUGUCAAAGUCCCAAUAGAUCCGUUUGCGAUUGGCGGUGUAAAGCCACCAAAAUCACAGCGCGAAUUGAAGCCCGGUACUCGGCCGGAUAAUCGAUGGCUGCAAUAUGAUUUAGGAACUCUACCAAAAAGUCAAGAACAAUGGGAUGAACCGAAAUACGCGCAUAAAACAGAAGGUUUUUUUGGAUGGUCACCAAAUUUCACAGUUUAUGCCCCAUCGUCACAACAGCCGAAAUUAAACCGUACGUGGGACGAACUCACUUCGUCUGAAAGAAUAAUCUACGAUUUCUUUGCCAAAAAAUCAAACAUCGACAAAUUGAUUGCGUUCUGGUCGUUGGAGGAAAAGAAAGGCAAAGAAAAGUUCAACAGAUCGAGAUCAUUCUUGUUGAAGGGACUGUGUGACAUGUUCGGAGAUGUGCUACUCGACCCAAUACUCGAGCACCUGCAACGCUUGAUUGAAGACAAAAACUCGGAAUCAAGCCAUCGAUGUGCAGCCGAAAUAAUGGCAGGAAUCAUGCGAGGCAUGAAACACUGGACAUUCGAGAUGACCGUAAACUUAUACGAAAAACUGAAACCAAUGAUUCGAUUAGCGCUUGACAAUAUUACGGUGGAAACCGACAUUUUCUGGGGCACAUGCUUCGCAACUGCAGCUGAAAAUUUUGAUCCGCGACGUCAAUACUGGUUACACGAAGUGCUAAUGGAGAAUCCAUUGCGUGAAUCGACAAGCUUCAUAGACUGUAGUCGCAUUUAUUGUCUGCAAGGCCCAUUCAAUCAACACGUUUGGAGAAUGAAUACCGUUUGUCACCGUUUAUUGGAAUAUUUGAGGCCUUAUCUGAACCAUAGCUUCCAAAAUGUGCGUGAACGAUUGGGAAGCAUUUUGAUCAAUAUCUUUGAAGCCGAUUUGAAAUUCAUCGAUGCACCAGAGCCAGAGUGCCCGCGUAUUAAAGACAUAAUUGGUGAAGUUGUACAAAAAAUACAAAUCCUUCAAACAGAUGCACCAAAAGACAAUGAUGGCGAAUCGACAAAUGACACCAGAAAAACCGAAUAUGAUCAAGCUGUUCGACUAUUCAAGACAAUUUGUCAAUGGAUUGUUGGUGUGUUGAACCGAAAUACCAAUGGAAAUAUUAUUGAAUACUUUGAAUUGCUUCCGUUUGCUUGUCGUCUCGAACGGUGCGAACAAGACGUCGAAUUGGCCGAAACGUGCACAUCAUUGUUGGCAAUGUUGUCGCAAGGUCUUACACUGGAGGAUUGCAUGGGUGCCGCAUUGCAUAAAAUUGAGGAAGUGUCUAUGAUGAGUUCAUGGUCUGCACGUUUGGCGGUUAUCGAUGUGUUGCAAGUUCUUGUUUUCAACAAUAUGCCCAUUGUACUGAGCCGUGAAGAAUGGGUACAAAAAGUUCAGACAAUUGUUCUGCGUUUGCUGGAAGAUUCUGUGCUCGAAGUUCGUGUGAAGGCAGCACAAGUUCUAGGUGGCCUACUGCAUUGCUCAUUUUUGCCGUCAACAGACAAACUUUUGGAAUUGUUCAAACAAAAAUGUCGUACCAAAGUUGUGAAAAACUCCACCCGCCGCGUAAUGACGAAUUGUGGCACCGAAGCGGUGGCAACCGCAUCAACUUCCCACUCAUCGAACAACAAUGGGCAUAACGAGACUCAAGAAGCUGAAUCCGUUCGAACGAGGCACAUGGGAGUAUUGGGGUUGUGUGCAUUCAUUUCAGCCUAUCCAUACGACAUACCCGAUUUCGUUCCUGAUGUUUUUGAACACUUGGGCGCACAUUUAAAUGAUCCACAGCCGAUUCCAUCAACUAUUCGGAAAACAGUGGGCGACUUCAAACGAACACAUCAUGAUAAUUGGGCCACGCAUCAGUUGAAAUUUACCGAAGAUCAACUAGCCGUUCUAAGUGAUUUAACUAUUCCACCAUCCUACUAUGCUUAAGCUCAUUCAGUUGUUCGAAUUAAAAAUAAAUUAAGAUAUUAGAUUUUUUUUCGCAAAACAUUUCUGAUUGAAUAGCAGAAACGAGUCGAUUAUUUCAUUGAUUGAGCCCGACUCAAAAGACAAUAAGUUAAAUGUGUAAACGGCAUUUUUCGCUAUUAGCGAAAAGCUAGAAUAUACUUGGCUGAAAUGAAGAAAAACAUAGGAUUAAUUCGUUAAACAAACAUUUUCAUUUAAUGUAAAUAACAAGUUCGUUUCUUUUCUACAGCUUGAGGGCAAUUUCGUGUAUUUUUACAAAAUAAAACACAUGAUUCUGUUGAAUUUUGUUAAAUCAAAAAAAAAAUAAUACGGUGAAUUUACAGUUAUAGUUUUCUUAUUGAAAAAAUAAAAACAGAAAAAAAAAAUUUGAAGUAAAAA